AUGGUUUUCCGGCUGUUGCAAGCAAAAUGGCCUCGAUACGCACAUCUGAUCUCGGCUAGAUUCUUUGCGAGAAUUGCUCUCGCCUUCGCUGUCACUUAUUUUCUUUUCGUCACCUUCUACAACUACUUCAGCACACCACCAUUGUCACUAGAAUUUUUACAUCUACAGCAAUUACAAUCAAAAGCCAAAGAUCCGACUGUUUGUGAAGUGCCUCAAACGGAUCCGUGGGAUCCAUCGAUUCUAAAAUACUACGCAAAACAGGAACCGCUUGAGUGCCCAGAAGUUCAGAAACAGAUUACGAAGUUUAGGAAUGGAAAAGUUUGGUUUGACAAAUCCCUAGCCACUGGGUUGAAGUGUUGGAUCACGCCGAUCUUUAAAGGAGAAUCCGAUUCGAAACACGAAUAUGGAACAAGAAUUGAGGUGGAUGUCGAGAAAGCGGUCGAAUACGAGGUGGCAGCCGAGUUCAUUGAGGUUAACUGUGAUUCGACUGGGUUAAUGGCUCGAAACAUCUACAAAUAUCACUACCACAAUCUCAAAGCGAAAACGGAAAAUAUACACGGAAAAAAGAUCCUCGACGCAACCCCAGAACAUCCGUCUGUGGUGAUGAUCGGUUUAGACUCGAUGUCAUACGGGAAUUUCAUUCGACAAAUGCCGAGAACGUAUCGAGUCAUGCAGAAUAUGGGUUUCCAAGACAUGAAAAGUCAUGUGAAGGUCGCUGACAACACCUACAACAAUUGGAUGGCUAUUUUGACUGGGAAAAGAGGAACAGCAACCAAGGAGUUCACGAACGAGUUGAUCGACGAGUGGAACAUCUGGUUCGACGAUUUUCCGAUUAUUUGGAAGAAUUUCUCGGAUCAGGGCUAUGCAACACUCUUUGCUGAAGAUCGUCCGGAUAUCGCCACGUUAAACUAUUUCGGGAAACUUUUCGGCUUUCAGAAACCGCCAACUGAUCACUAUUUUAGAACCUAUUGGUUGGCCGCUUUUUGGUCGAUUAUCGCUCUCCGAUCGAAACCUUAUUGCUAUGAUUCGGCUGGAAAACACGAGAUACAACUAGCCUACUUGGAUAGAUUCGUAAAUGAGUACGCCGGGAAAAGACAAUUCGUCUUCUGGUGGGAUCAAGAUAUGAGCCAUGACUAUCUCAAUGCAAUUGGAAGAACCGAUCACAGCUUUGCGAGAUUUCUGGAGAAGAACUCGGAAGUGAUGCAAGACUCGAUCAUCGCUGUCUUCAGUGAUCACGGACAUCGAUAUGACAAGAUUCGAGAGACGGUUGUCGGUCGAUUGGAGGCUCGCCUUCCCUUUCUCUCAUUUCGUAUUCCGCUCUCUAUCAAGCAAAAGUAUCCAAAUAUCGCGAAAAGUCUUGCGGUGAACAGUCAACGAAUGACUACGCAAUUCGACUUGUAUGACACUUUGAUGAAAGUUGUUGAGGGAACUUAUAUGAAAAAGGAGCCUUAUCAACCUGGCCAACGAACUUUCCCACUCUGGCAUCCCGUUCCGUUGAAAAGAACAUGUUAUGAGGCAAAAGUGCCCGAGGAUUAUUGCCCUUGUUUCACUGAAAUGGAGAUCCCACCGAAAGAAGCCGAGAAACCAGCUGAGGCUUUCAUAAAGUAUCUCAACGGUUUGUUCGUGAAAUUCGAUCGAGAAGAGGAGCUUCGAUGGGACGAGGAGAGAAAAUCGGGUAGAGAGUUUAAAAAGUACACUUGCCAACGUCUGCAACUCGACUCGAUCUCUUUCGCAUCGGUUCGUUUACCGCCAUCGAAAGUGAUCGACGAUCCACAAACGGGAAAUGAGUUGCCAAAGGAUGGAAUCGAGAUACAAUAUCGUAUCGUGAUCCAAGCCGAUGCACCCAGUCGAGCUCAAAUCGAAGGGAUUUUAGUGAAGAAGAUGGGCUCUGGACAAUACUUGCCAAGUGGGGAAAUCGAGAGAAACAAUCGUUACGGAAACACGUCACAUUGUGUCACCGAUCGAACGCUGAAGAAAAUUUGUCAUUGUGUUGAGCUGCCGAUGAGACGU